AAUAGAUUAAAAUCAAUUCAAUUAAAGAAGACUAAAAACAAAACACAAACUAAAACCCUUUCACCAGACACAUAGAAACAUCUCAAACUGGGGGAUCAACAACACUUUCACUUGAAAACACCUUAUCAAUGGCAGAAGAAAUUGAGGCCCCAAAAUCUUCAAGAAAAAGGAAAAGACUCACACCCAUUAUUCACAAGCUUCCGCGUGGCCAAAAAAUUGAAGUAAGAAGUAUAGAAGACGGAUAUGAAGGCUCAUGGCAUACUGCGACUGUUAUUGAUGGUAAAAACCAAAAUCGUGUAGUCAAAUACGAUAAUAUGUUUUGUGAUGAUGGUUCGGAUAACUUGGUUGAGUCUGUCCCGGUUUUGUCUCAUAAUCUUCGUGGUAGGAUAAGACCGUUGCCCUCUCAGGUUAAAUAUAAUGUGAAUUGUCUUCAUUAUGGACAAUGUGUAGAUGUGUUUCAUGAGGGGGCAUGGUGGGAAGGUAUUGUUUAUGACCAUGAUGAUAUAUGUGACGAAAGAUCGGUAUUCUUUCCAGACGUCGGUGAUGAACUUAGGGUGUCAGUUAAGAACAUAAGGUUAACUCGAGAAUGGAAUGCAGAUACUGAUGAAUGGAAGUUUAGAGGGGAUUGGAUUUUUCUUGAAGCUCUUGAAGAUUUAGAGGAAGAAUGGCCUUUGGUUGUUUCUGUCAAACAAAUUUGGUAUGAACUGAGGAUGAAGAAACGUUUUGAAAAAGAACUUAAGGAAUGGACGGGUCAAAUGAGAGAGACAUGGAAAGAAAUCGUUAAGGAGGUGAUCUUGGAUAAUUUGAAGCUGAUAAUAGUGGAGUUUUUUGGUAAAUUGCAAUGGGAAGGCCAUAAAGUCUUGGAUAUAAACAAAGAGUUUCUGGAUUCAGUUUUUAAUAUUGAACCGUCUUUCUUUGAUUCUCUAGCGAAUUUACCCUUUGAUCCAAGCCUUUCAUUAGCUGAAGACGGCUUUGAUGAUGACGAUGACAUACAUCCCCCUGGAUUUCCAAAUGUUUGUGUCGACUUUAAAGCUAGAUAUAGAUGGACUCAAGUACAGGAAUUUUGUGUUUCUGAGCCUGAUCUAGCGGUUAAACCAAAGUGCUGUCCUUAUUCAGUCUUAGAAUACUAUAACAAGAUUCACAAAGAUAUUAAGCCUUCACCAUCACUAACACUGCAAGUUAGGCAACAUUUAUUGUAUUCAGGUUGGAAAGUCGAGCUCAAAAAAGACUUUUAUAUGUGUAAAAGGAAAAAAAAGUUUAGGUAUCGUUAUACUGACCCGGAUGGGAAACAAUACCGUUCACUUAGAGUUCUUUGUGAAGAUUUAUGUAAUCAGUCAUCCUCCAUGUUCUUUGAGCCUGACUACUGUCCAAAAGUCCUGGAUGACUUUUAUUCCAUGGCAUCAGAAGUAGACUGGAGGAGAAGAGACGAUAAAGCCAAGGAAAUACUAGCCAGAGUAAAGAAGCAUCUUUACGCUGUUGGGUGGACAAAGUCUUAUGCCGAUGAAAUGCGUAAACGGAUUGUGUACACGUCACCAGACGGAAAAAAGUUUUAUAAUCUUCGUCAAGCGUUCAAUUAUCAUAUGCAAAAAAUAUGUUCUCGCGGGUCCGAUGAUUGCUCCGAUGUAAAUAUCGAGAGAAGUGAUGGAAGAGAUAAUCAAAAGAAGGAUAAUGAGAAAGGGAUCGGGAAACUUGUAAUAAAGAAAAAGAAUGGUGUUCUGUCUAUUCAACCAGUGGAAAGAGUAAAAGAAAUGUCUUGCUUAAAGUCAGUUAAUGAAGAAACCGGAAAACCUUCAAGAAAAGUGCGUGUUUUAAGGUCAAGCAAAAGGGCUCGUGAAGAGAUUUCUCCGGUGCACCAAACCCCACGAACUAUCUUGUCUUGGUUGAUUGAUAAUAAUGUUAUCAUACCAAGAUCAAAUGUACAAUAUCGUUGCAGUAAAGAUGGUCAUAUAUUGAAGGAAGGUCGUAUUACUCGUGAUGGGAUAAAAUGUAAUUGUUGUCAAGCUGUUUUGAGCAUCACUAAGUUUGAAUCUCAUGCUAGAAGAACUAACAAACUACCUUCAGCUAACAUAUUUCUUGAAGACGGUAGGUCUUUACUAGACUGUCAAUUGCAGCUUAAAAGGAAUCAAAAUGCAAAAUUAAUGCAGAAGGAAUCUCGCAGGUUAAAGGGUAAUCGAAAUAAAUUAAUGAAUGACAAUGACUAUAUAUGUUCUGUUUGUCACUAUGGUGGGGAAUUAGUCUUAUGUGACCAAUGCCCGUCUUCUUUCCACACAGAUUGCCUAGGAUUAAAGGAGGUCCCAGAAGGUGAUUGGUUCUGCCCAUCUUGUUGUUGCCGUAUUUGUAACCAAAACAAAUUUAGUCUCGAGUGUGAACAGGAUACAGAUAAUAACAUUCUAAACUGUGAACAGUGUGAACAAAGAUAUCAUAUCGGGUGCUUAAACAGAAAAGGCUUUUCAAAGCUGAAAAGUUAUCCUCAAGAGAAUUGGUUUUGUUGUCAGAGAUGUGAAGAGAUAUAUUUGGGCAUUAACAAGAAUUUGGGAGAGGCAAUUCCAGUGGGUAGGGAUGAUUUAAAAAUGACUAUAUUGAAAAACAAGAGAUCUAAAGGCGUUGAUCAUGACAUGUCAAAUUUGGAGGACAUGACCGAGACCUAUAGCAAGCUGAAUAUUGCUAUUAGUGUGAUGCACGAGUGUUUCGAGCCCGUUAAGGAACCUCGCACCCAAAGAGAUAUCGUUGAAGAUGUUAUUUUCUGUAGAUGCUCAGAGCUGAACCGUUUAAACUUUAAGGGAUUCUAUACAGUUCUUCUGGAGAAAGAUGAUGAGCUAGUUUCAGCGGCUACAAUUAGGAUUUAUGGAGAAAAGGUUGCGGAACUCCCACUUAUUGGUACAAGAUUCCGAUAUCGUAGACGUGGAAUGUGUCAUGCUCUUAUGAAUGUGCUUGAAAAUAAGCUUGUGGAAUUAGGUGUGGAAAGACUGGUUUUGCCUGCUGUACCAAGCGUGCUACAAACUUGGACCUCAUCAUUUGGUUUCUCCGUGAUGACCGAAGCACAAAAAUUGGAUUUUCUUGGCUACACGUUUCUUGAUUUCCAAGGCACACACAUGUGUCAAAAGUACUUGAUGAAUACUCAACCAUCUGCAGAAUCAAGCAUAUCUAAAGGCAAUAAUUAUGUAAUUACUAAUGGAAGCAAUAUCAUUGAUUUAGAUGGUAUCAGUGCCAUUUCUGAAGUGUCUCAAGUCGAAAUAGUCGAGGAGAGUGUAAUGGUCGAUCGACAUCCCAUAGAUAUUGCUCUAGACAGCCAGAACGACAGUGUGCGUUGCUUGACGCCGUGGGAAAUAUCGACAAAUCAGCCGUCUCAUGUAGAAUGUGAAACUAGGAUAGAGUGUUCUAAUGAAGUAUCAAACCCAAAGGAAGAGGACAACAAUGGCCAUAACGGGAAUCUGAAAUGCUACCAACGGAGAAAAACAGUUGCUUGCGGGAGCUGAAUUGUCUUUUGGGCCGAAUCAAAUAAAGUAAAUAUGAGCAGAUUCCCUGUCUGCCUUUUGAAAAGAAAACAGUAAGUUGGUUAGAUGUAGAUUAGCAGAUGUAAAGUAGUGAAGUUUGUAUAUUAAAAUCGAGAUGGGGUCGCACUUCAUAUUUAUGUACAGCUAGUUAGUUACUGGCUGUGUAAGCAGCAACAUCAAAGUAAAGCUUUGAAUUUUAGUC